GUAAGAAACUGGCAGGGAGCAUAGUGAAGGAGAAACUUGCAGCAUGCGUUAAUCGAGUACCAGGCGUUGAAUCAGUGUACGAGUGGGAAGGAGAGGUACAGACUGAUUCUGAAGAGCUGCUUAUAAUCAAGACCAGGGAAUCCCUUUUGGAAGCUCUUACAGAACAUGUGAAGGCCAACCAUGAAUAUGAUGUUCCUGAAGUGAUUGCCAUGCCAAUAGUUGGUGGCAGCCCCCAGUACCUAGAAUGGCUCAAGAACAGCACUAGGGAAAAAUGAUUAAGCCAAGACAAGCUUGUUCAACUUUAGCCUGUAGUUAUGUUGGACAAUGUCCCUUGCUCCUAUGUCUAGCGCUUAUCAAAGACAAAUAUUAAUGUUUAUUUCGUGUUUUUGUCUAAUAGUUAUUACUCAAAACAGUCAAACUAUGUGGGUAGUCCUGAACUUGAUGCGAGCUCUCAUAUCUAUCUCUAAUAAUAUCUUAAAUGCCUGUGUUUAUUUAUGGCAUUGCUUCUUGUAUUCCA